AUGGUUUUCAAAUUCACUAUUGAUGACGUUCUUAAUAGAUACAUUCCUCCUAAUCGUUUAGAUAGGUUACCUAAGAUAAUAGGUAGAUUUCUUGGAGCUCACACACCAACACCUAAAGACGAUUAUUUAAUUUGGUUAGAAAUCUUUAUUUCUAGUUUUGUCGGUAUAGCUUUAAUUGAAGGAGUAUUUAAAAGUCAUACUGUUUUCACUCAUCAUGCCGCUCCAUUGAUUUUUGCAAGUUAUGGAGCAACUGCCAUUCUUUGUUUUAACUCGAGUCUGGCACCUUUAGCACAACCUAGAAAUGUCCUAGUUGGUCAUUUUAUAUCUGCUGUAAUAGGACUUUGUAUUCAAAAACUCUUCCUGUUAAGUGAAGCUGGUAGAGCUAAUUAUUGGGCUAGUGGUGCUCUUAGUGUAGCCGUUUCUUCAGUGGCAAUGUCGAUUGGUAAUUGUAUACACCCACCUGCUGGAGCCUCAGCCCUUUUACCUUCUGCUGAUUAUACUGUUAGGGCCAUGGGUUGGUGGUAUUUACCUGCCCAUCUUGUGUCUUCAUGCUUAAUUCUUGCUGUAGCUUUAAUUACAGGAAAUAUCAUUAGGAAAUAUCCUGUUUAUUGGUGGACUCCUGGUCCAGUCGGUAAGCCAAAGCCUGCACCUAUUGAAGCACCAGCUCCAAUGCAUAAUAAAUUAUCCACAUUACCAAUAGUUAAAGCAGAAUCAGACGGCUCAUGGGUAGAAAAAACCAAAGAAGGGGUUACGUUCGUACCUGGGUUAGACAGUAUUCAAAUCAAUCUGCGUGAAGUCUUAGUCCCUGCUGGAUUGGAUUUAGAUGAACUUGCUAUUGAAUGGUUAGAUACAUUCAAGAUCAAAUUAAUGGAGUCUGAAUCUAGCAAUGAUAGUGCAGUCUAA